GAUAAGAAUCGAGGAACUUGAAGACUAUGUACAUAGACCGAAGUUGUCUAACAACCUCACAUUCACAUUCAUUUUUCCCUCAUUCGUUUCUCAUCCUGAGCCGACUCAGGCUCAAUUUUUCUUUCACCUACAUACCCCACCUACAAAUUGAUCGUUGAAGACUACAUGUCUGUGAUAUUAAUCCAGGACAACUACUUCCUUGCUGAAACCGGCGGUGUAUGGACAAAUUUGUCAACGGGUGGCACAUGGUACAAUGGAAGCGCUCUUUUUGCCUCGAAAGCAGACGCUACGACGAACGGUAUCUUGCAUGCGAGUUUUCAAGGCACCUCUAUAUCUUUCGUCGGUGUAACUCCACCCUCAAAUGAGUCCACGACUUUCUUAGUGGACAUUGACUCGGAGGCAAAUUACACUGCGACUUAUCCUACCAGUGCGGUAGGGGGAACAUGGUAUACUUCACCCAAUGUUGCUGACCAGGCGACGUACCAUGCGAUAAACCUCUAUGGCAUGGAUGAAAUAAUUACAGACUACGUUCUCGUCACAGCCGGGUCGCAGACCAAUUUGACCGACCAAACGAUCUUUGUCGAUGACAGCAACCCUGAGAUCGCUUGGUCCGGGCAAUGGUGGUCUGCCGACAGUUAUGAAGUCGUUACUGGAACGUACGACCUAGCUCCAGCUGGAAAUGGAACUCAUACUUCUACAUUUGCGGGCGACGCAUUCACGUUUACUUUUGCCGGAACGACGAUCAAUGUCUACGGUAUAAUGUCAUGGGGAUCAACCGGAAGUGUGAAAGCCUCUUUUAGCGUUGAUGGAUACUCCACUUCACAAACCUUUACUGCCAAUACUGCUGCAAAUAACGGAUUGACCAAUUCCACUAAUUAUCCGUUUUACUCGAACACCAGCCUUUCUUCUGGAAACCACACCCUUACGGUCAACGUUACUUCCGUGUCGGGAAAUUUGCCCUUCAUUAUAGACUACCUUACCUAUCAGCCAAAUUUUGACAACAUUGACUCCAAGCCUAACUUCACUGCUCAAGCUGGCAUUGGUAGCUCUACUGGGCCCGACUCAAAUCCUGGCUCUUCAGCUGGAAGCACUUCGUCUGAUACAACCUCUAAAUCGCACGCCGGAGCAAUAGCUGGUGGUGUGAUUGGUGGCCUAUUGGCAAUCGCCGCAAUACUAGGAGCGAUCCUUCUCUGGAGACGAAGGUCUCGAUUUGAUAAACCAAAGUACUCAGCGCGUGGAAGAGCUAAUGUUUUGGAUUCGAAUGAGAGAUUGAUGGUCGAAACCCCUGGCAGUAAGCUAAUAUUUUGUAUCCAAUGCAACACCUGGCACAAGACUUGAAAUUGGUUUCUGGCCCUCCAAAGGCUCUUUCAACUGAAAUGCAUAGCGGCAGUGACUACACUUCUGCUUCCGGCGCGACCACUCCGACUGCCCCAGGAUCUGAUUCUUCUAGACCGUUGACAGUCAAUGAAAAGCAGACAGAGCUCCGAAGAAGACUGGAUGAGAUUGCUAGUCUCAUGCAGCAGAUGGAAGUACAGACAUCUGCAGAUUCUUCGUCUUCUGCUCCAGUGAAGGGU